AUGAUAUUCCAGAUGAAAUGUAUUCGAGGGCAAACAAACGAUGAAGGUAGCUCGGCGGAACCAUGCCAACGGUGCAAGCGCAACAACCGCGAGUGCAAGAUCCCGGAGCCGAAGAAACUUGGAAGAAGACACGGCGCCGUAGGCCGAUAUCACGGGGUCGAAAAGGCCUAUCGAAAAAUGAAAGCCGAAUUGAAGAAGACGAGUACUCGUGCAAAUGGGAAACUCAACCAAAUGACCAAUGUUGACAUGGGCGAAGAGCCGAUCCUUGAGCUCCUGCUCUCCAACGACCCAGUUGAGACUGCCGAAUCUUCCCUCACGCCACCACAACAAGGGAUCGAAGACUCAGACAUUCAAUACUUUGAUCCAAAUCCCCCAAGCACGCAGCAGAGCCAGCACCUGAGAAAUGUGAUCUCGCGGUCCACCCACGAACCAGUCAGUAAUCCUUUGGCCUUGUUGGCAGAUGCCUCAGGCGCAGUCCAGGCCUUGGAGCCGAGUCGGGUAUACAACAACCCUAUACCAACACCGGGAGAGAUAUCUUCUGCGGAGCACCGGUCGGUCAGCUCGGGUAAUGGGCGGGCUGUGGGCCGACAACUGCUUCACAGGCCCGGAUAUGUAUCCCUAGGUCUCAGCCUGAGCAGGGAAACACUGGAGGCAGGAAUAGAUGCACUCUCCAACUCGUCUGAGAACCUGCAAGACCAUUCAAACUAUUUCACAACGCCACAACAAAUACCUCUGGGCGACGUUGGCUCCGAAUUUGACCCAGUGGAUCUCGGGCUGGUGACAAUGGAUGAAGCUUGUUAUUUGUUUCCGAUCUAUUUUACCCACCUUCAUCCAGUGAAUGGGAUCCUCGAUCCGAUGCUCCACACACCGGAUUUCGUGCGAUCGCGAUCGGCUCUCUUAUUCACUUGGGUAUUGGCUCUGACUGCGCAAUUUGAUCAUGGGUCGGCUUCAUUAGCCAAGCGACUACGCAUCCAUGGCGAAAAUCUAUCGAGACUUGUUCAUACUUCUGGUUAUAAGUCCGUCGAAAUUGUUCAAGGCUACUAUAUCUCGUUGAUCUCUGCAAACCCCGCCGAGACACUAGCACAGGAGCGCUCAUGGCUAUACACAAUGCAUGCCUUUGGCUUAGCAGCAGAGCUUGGGCUCGAUCAAGAUUUUCACUCCAAAGAUGAGACUCUGAAAUCGGCUCACGACCCCAGUGCCCGAACACCGCUUCCGGGAAACCCUUCGUCAUACACAUCACCGAUGAAUACAAUGGAAGAUUCCACUGACAACCAGCGGAUGGCUCGAAAUCGCGAAAGAACUUGGUUGAGGAUUCUCUUAUGGGAACGUGCAAACAGCGCAGCUUGUGGUAGAACACACACCUUCCCUGAAACAAGCUUGACAAAAAGCAUCGACAGUUGGUGGCUACACCCACUAUCAGAUUCCACAGACAAACACACCUGUGCAUUCAUCACACUGCGAAAAAUCCUCGCCUAUCUCCAAAAGGAUCUGAGACAACAAGCUCACUCAACGCACGUUGACCCCCAUUGGGUGCGGGAAACAGUUGAUGCUGCACUAAGGCCCUGGUGUGAACGUUGGUUAUCGCAGCCAGCGCCCAAUUUCGUCAUCUCGCCCUCCGAGAAACUAUCGAAUAUUUUCCUCCGAUAUGUUUACUUGCAUGGAAGGCUAUGGACCUUGUCCUUUGCUCUUCACGGGUCAAUAAACGGUGAUCAGCAUGUACAUGCAAUCCGACAAGAUUGCUUCGAGGCCGCAAUCAAUGCUUGCGAAGUCGCCGUGCAUGAUCUAAGUACGGUCGGAGAGCCAUUAUAUUGCAUGUUAGCUCCGACAUGGGCCAUGAUAUCAUAUGCCGGUGUAUUAGCAUUGAAGCUUUUCCCUGACUUGUAUGGUGAUCGCGUCGGAAGCGAUGUGGAACUACUUGCUCUUCUUAGCCAAGUUGCAAUCCAAUUGGAGCAUGCAGGAAUGACUCCAUCGCAUCGAUUUGGCAUUGCUGGCUUGCUGGGUCAACAUCUCAUGAAGAUUGUGAAAUCAAAGGCGACGUCACUGGGCGACUCGAUAAACUGUAGCCAACACACAUCAGAUACAAGCAAUGUCGACUCACACUUUGGCGAAGGAGCAAGAUCAUUUACACAGCAGUCUUCGAAACGGCCGCACCAAUCUCUCGUCUCUGAUUAUGAUCCUUUCCUGACGACAGCUUCAAUGUCUACCCAGGGAAGUUUAACCGGAGAGAACUUCGCUGAAUUCUUUCGAGAAAGAUUCGGACCUGGAUUUGGGGGUGUGUUCUGA